AUGCUAUUAAUCCCAUUAAUCCGUUCUGUAUCACGAAAUUACAACAGAUUUAUAAAUAAAACUGGUAUAAAUACUUACUCGAUCGUAGAAAAAGAAAUAUUCUUCUAUAUUUAUUUCUCGCCUAUUGAAAAGAUUCGCGCAUCGCAUUCUUUAACCAACUUAUUGCUAUAACGUACCUUUUAUUUUACGAAUCAUUAUAGAGAAUAUAUAUCGAUAUAAUAUAAUAUAGUAUAUAUAUAUAUAUUUAUAUAUAUAUUCGACUUGCAACAUUGCAUCGCGGAUAAAAACUAUAUAAUAAAACUAUGAAUGUAUAAAAGUUAAGACCAUUAUUAUUUAAAUUGUACUUAUACAUAAUAUAAUGCAAAUGCAACUCACGAUACUAUUACAAUAAUGAAUAUGUAUGUACCGAAGGGUAAACUCUGUACGAAAUAACUCGAUUCGAGGGCGUACGAUAUCGAUAUUUUUACGCAAGUAACAUUCGAAACUACGUCCAACGAUAUAUUAUGGUAUAAAGCUAUACCCUUUUCGAAUUUGUCCCUCUAUACUUUCGAUAAUUGUUGUCGGUUGCGAUAAGGUCUAAUUGAAUAAAAAAAAAAGAAAAAAAAGAUACACGUAAAGAUUUUUUUUCUUUUUCUGACAAUGCGCAUACUGCGAUGGACAUUUCUCUUGUUCGCGUUAUGCGGUUGCUUCCCACCCUCGUCGUGGACAACGCGUCUCAAAAGAUACUUGUACAAGAUUUACGCGGUAUUUUCGUUCAUAGCGUUGAACAGUUUCUUGCUUGCACAAAUAUUGGAUAUGGUGUACAAUGUAAAAGACACGGACGAUUUCAGUGACAAUUUCUCGGUAACUGUGGUAGUAUUCGUCACAUGUUUCAAACUGAUCACUAUACUUAUACGCCGUGAGAACAUUCUACUUUUGUGCAACACCCUAAAGCAGGAGCCACUUUCGCCGAUAAACACGGAAGAAUUUGAAAUUUUCUUGAAAUUCGAAAAGCUCACCGAUUGGAACACGCUUGGUUACUUCGUCCUACUUAUGUCUUCUUCGUUGUGUAUACUGAUGGGAUCGCUUCUCGCAAAUUUCAAGAUCAGAAAAUUAGCGUUUCGAACGUGGCUGCCUUACGAUUAUUCGACCGCAUCUGCAUUUCUGCUUGCCUUCGCUUAUCAAAUUGUGGUUGCAACGGUAUGCACCUUCGCGUGUGUCGCCAGCGAUACUUUGUACAGUGGCCUGUUGAUACAUAUUAGCUGCCAAUUCGAAAUACUGGAGCAUCGUCUGAAAAACAUUGGAUCGGAUAAAAAUUAUAAUAUGAAACAGUGUGUUCGUCAUCAUAAUCACAUAUACAAAUAUGGAGAGAUGGUGAACGAUGCAUUUCAAUCGAUCAUGUUCUUUCAAUUCUGCACGAGUCUGUCAAUGAUCUGUUUCAAUUUCUAUCGAAUAAUGCAAAUAGAAAUGGAUUCAAGAUACAUAGGUACACUUCUGUACAUGGUGUGCUCGUUAAUGCAGAUAUUUUAUUACUGUUGGUUCAGUAACGAAGUCAAGCUCAAGAGUUUGGAACUUUCUGAUAUGAUAUUCAGAAGCAAUUGGACAUCGUUGAAUAGCAACGUUCAGAGGGCCAUUCUAUUGGUAAUGAGGCGUUCAAUGAAACCCAUUGAAUUUACCAGCAUUUACAUUGUAUCCGUGAAUCUUGAUUCCUUCAUGACAUUAUUGAAAAGUUCAUAUUCAGCGUUCAGUGUGUUGCAACAGAGCCGAGAAUCAAUGCACAAACUUUCUCUGUCGUUUGCUCUGCUCACUUACGGUGGCUAUUGGAGGCCAACAAAAUGGCCGGCUUCCUCGUACAAAUAUCACCUAUACAACAUUUACUCGGCAUUUAUGAUUUUCCUCCUAUAUUUUAUCACGUUCUGUACUUGCGUGGAUUCGUUGAUCAGCAAAAACUUGAAGACAAUGAGCGAAAAAUUUUCCCUCUGCAUCUCGGUCCUAGGUGUUUCUCUCAAAGUGGCCAACUUGUUCCUUCAACGAGGAAAAAUUAUAAAUAUAAUGAACAGUCUGACGAAGGAGAAUUCCAUUCCAAGGGACGAACAUGAGAAAAUCAUUCAACGAAGAAACGACAAUUACGCAAGAAAACUGACCAUAUACUGCGAGAUUCUGAACGAAUCGGCAGUGUUCUUCGCGACCGUGGGUCAAUAUAAAACAUUCAUAAAUACCAGGACAUUACCCGUAUCCGAUUGGAUACCAUACGACUUAUCCUCGUCAGAAUUGUACACGAUAUCCCUGUUGUAUCAAACAGUUGGACUGUUGAUCUGUGCGAACGCGAGCGUGGGCAACGAGACCCUGAUUGCCGGAUUGAUGAUACAAGCUGGCGUGCAGUUUGAGAUAUUUUGUCAUCGAGUACAAAAUCUGUCCUCCCUGUUGACGGUAACAAGAAACAGCAACGUGUCCAGAAAGGAUCUGAGGAUAAGAUAUAAUAAGAUUAUUGGGGAUUUGGUUCGACAUCACCUUGAAGUAUACGAAUUUGUCCGAACGGUGAACACCGUGUUCCAGUACAUGAUUUUUCUACAGUUCUCCAUAAGCUCGGUGGUUUUGUGCCUGAGUAUCUACAAAUUUUCAACGGUAGAUCCGUUGAGCAUGAACUUCGUCUGGAGCGGCUUCUAUUUGUGCUGUAUGCUUAUGCAGGUGUAUUUAUACUGCUGGUUUGGGAACGAGGUGACGUUGAAGAGUAAUAAAGUAAGCGAUGCUAUUUACGAAAUGGAUUGGACGAUACUUCCUUCUAACGUAAUGAAGGAUUUAUUGCUCGUUAUAGCAAGAUCUAAGAAACCGGUGAAAGUAACCAGUGGUCAGAUCUUUACCUUAUCCACGGAAUCCUUUAUGAAAAUCAUGAAAAUGUCAUACUCCUCGUUCAAUAUUCUGAAAAAUUCAACGAAGUAAAAAAAUUCAAUCGUUACCGCUUUAAUUUUUAUCUAUAUAUAUAUAAUUGUUCUCGUUCCAAUUAUACUUUUUUAUAAUUAUCGUAAGAAGUAUUUGUGUAUCCUUUUUUUAUCGUAGCGCAUUAUCACACACUUUCAUCGAUGUAUCUACUCGUCACAAGCAGAGUGAAAUAAAAAAAAAAAUAA